UUUCUGAUUUCUGAAAAUCUGUUAUCCCAGCCGCGCGCCCUACUCCUCUGUCUUUGAACUCUCUCUGUCUUUGGUUCGCGUGUCGCCGCCGGUGCCGUCGGCCCCCCGCCCCUCCAGACCGGCAGACCCAGGCCCGCAAGCAAGGCACGCCCAGUCGCUUCGCUCGUCCCCGAAUCCGUACUCCGGUGGCGGCGCUCCAUUGUUAGGUGGUGAUAGAAUUGAAAACCGCCUGAAGAAGCCAACGACCUUCCUCUGCAAGUUGAAGUGAGAAAUUAUCUGAUUAUUUAGCACUGUGGAUAUGGUGACAAAUAGCAAUAAAGCCGGAGUACCAGCUCCUCCACACGAACUUCAUGUGUGGAAAUUUGCGGAGUCUAGAGCUCCUGAGAUUGAGGGACUGCACUCUAUUAUUGCUGAUCGUUUGGAUAACAAUUUCCAGUCUCAAAGGAACAAGAGGAGGAGAACUACUGGACAUGACGAUCGAGUUGCAAGAAAGAAGUUCAGAAAGAGAAGUAAUGGAUUAGGACAUGCAGCCAAAAUUGAUUCAAUGAGGAAAGAUGAAAAUAAAGUUUCUCGUCGUGUUCGGAGGAACGUUGAACUUAAGAAGAACCUUCCAACUGGCUAUGGUACUUCAGGGGAUGGGACCAAGAGACUGAGAACGCAUGUGUGGCAUGCAAAGCGGUUCAAAAUGGAAAAACUUUGGGGAUUUUAUAUUCCUCUUGGCCUUCAUGGGAGAGGAAGAGGUUCAAGGGCUCUCUUGAAAAAAUUAAAAAAUGGAGUGCUUGUGCAUGAUGCCAGUUACUAUAGUGCUAUCCAGUUAGAGGGUCCACAGGAAACGCUAAUAUCAGUUCUACGUUCUGUACUGGUGCCUUCUCCAUCAGCUUGUUGUGAAGAAACUUUGCAUGAUGUUCUUGUGGGCAAUGUCUUUGGAACCGCUAUGCUUCAUGAUUCUAGAAAUCCCAGUUUCCCUCCUGUUGCUCCUGUGACCUACAUGUGGCGACCUAUGCAGCAGAUCUCUACUAACGUGGAAGAGCUUAGCAGAGAAGUUUCCGGUGAAGAACAAAAUAUUGAUAAUACCGCCUUUAUCCACCAGCUCUGGUUAUGGAUACACGCUGCCUCUUUUAAAGAAGCAUACGAUUCUUUGAGUUCAGCCUGUGAAAAGAAUACAGAAGGGACUUGCUCAGCUCACUGUGUUUCUCGAGAGGGCCAGCUUGCCAAAUUGGAAUUGAUAGGUCCAAAAGUAUUUCAGUUGCUGCACAAGACACUGCAACCUGCUAAGCUUAAUUCGGAGAACAGUUGGCAUGUGAAGAAAUGUUCAGCUCAUGAGCAUGAGGAUACUGUGGAAUACGAGAAUGCGUCCAUCUUUGAGAAUGGACAUCAGAUUUCUUCUUCUGCAGUUCUUUCCUUGGUUGUCAAGGAUCCUCGUAAUUUGACUAAGAAAGGGGGUGUGGUUGUUUCUGAUGGAAAGAACCUUGGGAUGUUAGGUAAUGAAGACCAGAGUAAAGAGCAACAUGUUUCAUCAAUCCCUAAGCAUAAAGCUGACUUUGAGAAAAAGUGUGGUGAUUUAUGGGAUGCUAUCAAAGUUGUAGACCCUCCAGUGGAAGAAAGUGUUUUAUGUGCUGACAAGCAUCACCUGCGGAAGGAGUUCUUUUGCCUUGGUCAAAAAGGUUCUGGGUCUCAAAAUGCUACUAUUGAUCAAAUUUACACCAGAUCCUGUCCUGUUUUGCUUUUGAAAAAUGAAAAUUUUGAAGAUUCAGUUACGAGGUGCUCUCUUAUUCUUCCUCUAAGUUGGGUAAAAGCAUUUUGGAUUACUUUUGUGUCGAAUGGUGCUCAUGCCAUAGGCUUAAGAGAGAAGCACUGGGUUGCAUGUGAAAUUGGAUUGCCAUACUUCCCGUUGGAUUUUCCUGAUUGCAACGCUUAUUCGGAUUUUAUGGAAAUGGAGGCAGCCACAGUCAACCAUAAAGCUAUGCUUGUUCCUCCUUCUAAGAGGCAACCGAAAGUUCCAAUACCACCUCCAUGGGAUUGCGUGCUUUAUAAUUCUGGAAAAAAAGUGAGCAAAGCUGGAAAUAUUGAAGCAGAUGCACUUGGAACUCAAGAUGAAAAAAGUGAUGACAUGGAGAAAAACUUUGCCUCUGAAAAAUCACAUGAUAGAAUUUCUGAUUGCCAGGGUACUCCGUUUGAGGGUGUUGUAGCAAGGACUUCCAGUAUGCUGAAUGAUUUCCUAAAUAAUAUCAGCGGCAAUCGUUUGUUAUUCCCUAGUAUACCUGGUCAGGAGAAUUGCUUGCAUAAGUUCAUGAGGAACAAAGAUUUUCUCAAACAAGACAUUGCUUUGUCAGAAAUGAAGUUAGGAAAAACACCUUGCUUUGUUCGAGUACUUCUGCGUGCUUUUAAGGAAGGUGUUUUCGAACAGGGAGCAGUGGUCUGCGCACCCCUUGCUACUGACAUAAGGUUAUGGACUGCGAGCUCAGAAAACAACGACGAACAACUUCAAAUAACUCAAUCGUCGGUGAUGUCAUACUUCAUGCAGUCACCUUCUGGUAAAUGGGAACUUCAGAUACCUGAGGAUCAAGCUCUCUCAUCCCAUAGAUUGCCAAUUGGCUUUGUUACGACUGGUUUUGUUCGAGGAAGCAAGAAGGCUAUGGCAGGGGCUAUUUGCGAAGCAAGCUUACUUUCUAGGCUUCGGGAAGAACAAUGGAAAGCUGUACCUGUAAGGCGGAGAAGGAAGGAGAUCUAUGUUCUGGUUAGAAAUAUGAGAUCCACAGCCUAUAGACUUGCGUGUGCUACCAUUGUUCUUGAGCAGCAGGAACAGGAUGCCAAUUUCAUGUGAUCUAUUGUCUACCAUUACACACAUAUAACGGUCCAAGUUACAUGGUUUAUGAACCUUAGUGAACUUAUAGGUCAGUUACUUUGAAGGCCAAGCUUCAGUAAACGAAAAGAGCCCGUUUCUGACAUUAACUUCAUAUAUGGUGACUACUUCCCCUUUAAACACUCAUCCGUGGAAUGAGAGGAUGUUCUCUACAUUCGAGUUGGAUUUUCGACUUGCGUGAAUGCCCUUACAUAGCUAUAUACCAGCAGGUAGCAAGAACCCCAAACAAUUGAACUGCUGCUUUUGAAGCUUUCGAGUCUCUGUUGGUUCUUCGUAGGGCAUCAACGCGUUUGCAUCUCGGAAGAGAUCAUGUAACUUUAGUUGGUUUAUCGUAAAUGGUUUCACCUGGCUUGUACACAUUAAUCGGAUGUGGCAUAAUUUAGGAAGAAUCUGUCACUUUUCUACAGCAGCAAGCAUGUUGAUGUUGUGAUUAAUUUUAUUACUUCAGCUUGGUUUAUGAUUUUAAUUACACAAGUCAACAAAUAUCAUCCAAUAAGUCCACUAGAAUUUUAUUUCA